AUGUCGUCAGAGCCCGAUCUCCAUCGGGCCAUUUCCAUGAAACCCCACCCGUUCCAUACGCAUCCCGACCGCAUAGAACGCACCUCAAGCCCACACCACCACCACCACGGCAGCAGCAGCACUUCGCACCCAACACCCACCAAACAAGCCGCUAGUAGUACCGCGAUAGAAACCACCCAACACGCACCCAACACCCACGACCCCAUCGCACGCCACAUCCCCCGCUCGCAAGAUGAUCUCGAAUCGCAAUCCCCGCCCUCCUACACCCCCGACAACGAUCCAUACUCGCUCUCCUCAGCCAUAAAGCCGGAAUCCGAACUCGCUCUCAUCCGCGCAAACACCUCGCGCAAGCGCGACGGCUGCGGCGGUCCCCUCACCCUAAACAGCACCGCGCGCUCAGCCCAGAAACUCGAAGCCUUCUACUCGUCGCAAAACGAAAACAUCGAGCGGCUCCUCAAACCAGUCGCUGACCACCGGCGCGCCGCAAAAGAAGAAGACACGGCGAACCAUUUGAAAUACAAGAUCGCUGUCAUCGGUUCCUUUGCCGCAAACAUCUUGCUCGCGGUCCUGCAACUGUAUGCGGCUGUGAGUUCCAAGUCGCUGUCGCUGUUCACCACAAUGGCGGAUUCACUGUUCGACCCUCUGUCUAAUCUCACGCUGAUAAUGUGUAACCGCGCCGUCGCCCGCGUCGACGCGCGAAAGUUCCCCUCUGGAAAAGCGCGCAUAGAAACAGCCGGUAACCUUUGUUUCUGCGCGCUCAUGAUCACCGUCUCCGUCGUCAUCAUCGUAGAAUCUAUUCGUACAGUUGCCGAGCACAGCGGGCCCGAGACGAAUGAUUUCUUCCUGCCGUCCGUGAUUGCUGUUGCAGUGGCGUUUAGCACAAAGUUCAGCUUGUUUCUGUACUGUUGGGCCAUCAGGAAUAAGUACAGUCAAGUGCGUAUUCUGUGGGAGGAUCACAGGAAUGAUUUGUUUAUUAAUGGGUUUGGUAUCUUGACGAGUGUCGGGGGGAGUAAGUUGAAGUGGUGGAUUGAUCCCAUGGGCGCCAUGAUUUUGAGUGUUUUAAUCAUCUUUUUGUGGAGUAGGACUGCGUAUAGCGAGUUUCAGCUGUUGAUUGGGGUCACGGCUGAUACGGGCAUGUUGCAGCAUAUUACUUAUAUUUCUAUGACACACUCCCCCCAAAUCCGUCAAAUCGACACCGUACGUGCCUACCACUCCGGCCCCCGCCUCAUCGUCGAAGUAGACAUUGUCAUGGAUCCAGAAGACACUCUCCGCAGCACACACGACAUAGCAGAGGAGCUUCAAAUCAAGCUUGAGAGUCUGCCUGAUGUGGAGCGUGCCUAUGUGCACGUGGAUUAUGAGACUGAUCAUCGGCCUGAGCACUUUUUGAAAAAGGAGUUGUGA